AUGCAAACAAUACACAUGCAAAUCAUCUCUGUGCCAAAGCGAAGUUCUUCCUUGAUGUGCUAAAUGCCACAUUUGCUCCACAGUGCGGUUCACCAAGCCUGUCGCCUCCGAGUUUUUCAACACUAGGUCUUCCUUUUUUGAGGGCCACCAUGUCAACAAAUGUGAUCAUCAAUGGCCAGCAGGCCCCUGCUGCCCCGACUCUGAUCGCUGUCCACUCUAACCAGUGGAGCACCAGCAUCUGUGGCUGCUUUGAUGACUUACAAGUCUGCUGCUUUGCCUACUGGUGCUUCCCUUGCUUUGCCUGCAGCACUACAUCAGAGUUCGGCGAGUGUUUCUGUCUCCCCCUGUUGGACGUGCUGUGGACCACCCUCCAGCUGGUUUCGUUCCCAACAUGCACCCCACCCGUGUCCAUGGCCAUGAGGGUUGCUGUGCGAAAUCGCUACGGCAUCCAGGGGGACAUGUCAGGUGACUGCGUAUAUGCCACCUUCUGCAACAUCUGCUCCUGGUGCCAGAUGGCCAGGGAGAUCAAGAGACGCAGCCACACCCUCACUGUAAUCAACGCCCAGCCCACUAUGAUGGCCUCCCAACCAAUGAUAGUGACCUCCCAGCCGGGGGUCGCUGUCUCCCAGCCAAUGGUCUCCUCAAUUAGCACUCAGGGUGUCCUGACUUCCAGGAUCAUGUGACCUCUAUUUCUCUCGAGUUAUUUUAUAAGCCACUGCAUGUCCUGUAGAGCUAUGCCAACUAUUUAGUAACACUGGCCAGGUUUCCCAAUGUGUCUGGGAAUGUCCAAAUUUUGAGUUGGGCGUCCCGAGUCCUAACAAAUACCUGAAUACAAUAAAACGUCUGAGUUUUCAAUAUUCACUCCAAACUGUUGCUAUUCAUGCCAACAAUUCGA